CACCUUUUAUAACGUCGAUGAAUUUCUGUAAUCUGUUAUCGUAAGCGUAGUGUAUUGUGUGUGUAGUGAUGUUGUAAUAUAUGUGGUUGUGAGUACUACUAACAUAGUGAGUGACAAUCCGAACAGGAUACUCAUAAGUACGUGUAAUUAAUUACUUUACAUUAGUCUCGGAAGACAUAUAAAGUUUUUUAAUUAAAAAGUUAAGUGAUAAAGACUCCUGUAAUACCUAGAUAUAUCAACAGCAGUGAAAGAUAGUGGUCAGAGUUACAAGUUUUUGAGAGAAAUAAAAGGUAACAACUUUGGCGUUGCUCCAAAAGUCACAAAGUCACCUCCCACCUUUAAUAAGAACGUUUGUGUCUGGCUGGCUUCCAACGUACGAAUACAAAGUUUGCACGGAUGCCUCGAUAAAUUGGUAUAUAAAGGUGUAGAGAUGAUGACGUCACUAAAUGAAGGUAGAAGGUAACAAUUGUACUCGAAAAUGGAUAUAGAUCAUGUUAUACUGGAUAAAGAGGCUAUCAACAGAUUUGAACAGUAUACUUUGGCAAAGCCUUCGCUUAAUGGGGGAAUACCUUUGGAUAGAUGCCAAGAAACCGACUCGGUGGCAUCUAAUAGCAGAAAGAAAGUACAAACUUCGCGCCAGAAAGUUAUUUGUUGCUUUUGCUUUAAAACAACUAAGUACAGAAGAAAACAGUUUAUUAUCGGUUCCCUUACAAAUAUUGUGAUAUUCUCUAUUUUAUUGGCAUAUACUUUUAUGGGAUCAUUUAUAUUCUUAGCUAUUGAAGGUGGAGCUGAAAUGCCUGCCAGACCUCGAUUAUUACCAGACAGACAUAAAAUCAGCCAAAAAGAACAAAAUAAUACAAACAGGAAGCACACAGAAGAUGAUUAUGAGUACGGUAAUUUGACACUCUCAGCAAACUACUUCUGGGAUGCUAGGAGCAGAGCAGUGGAAAAUAUUUGGGAGAUAACCGUGUCAUUGAAUAUUUUGUACCGUGAAAAUUGGACUAGAUUGGCCGCACAGGAGAUUUUAAAGUUUCAAAAUGAGCUGGUACAACGCGUAACUACUGAAAUGGCAUCACAAUAUGGAGUAAGUUACAGAGAGAUGGCCUUAGGCGAAUUUGGAGGCGGAGACGUUAACAAUCACUAUGAGGAACAUGAAUGGAAUUUGGCACUCGCGUUUUUCUAUUCACUGACUGUAUUAACAACAAUAGGAUAUGGAAAUAUUGCUCCAAGAACAAUACUUGGAAAAGGCAUUACUAUACUUUAUGCUCUCAUCGGUAUACCGCUGACUCUUGUAUACUUAUCAAGUGUAGGUUCUUUGUUGUCGAAAAUGGCUCGAAGUGUUUUCAGUCGUGCAUUGUGUUGCUGUCUUUGUUCAAAUUGUGGUUAUUGCUGCUAUGAUGAAAGAAGAAUGGCUGAAAAAGAAAGACGCAUGAAACUUAAGAGACAACAAGAAGAAAUGCUUAAUAGUCAGAAUACGAGCAAGACACCGACAGAAGAGUGUUACGUAUUGAAACCUGAUAGUCAAAAAGAUUUAUCGAUAUCAGAAAGACCAACGACAAGUACUGCUAAGGAUGAUAUUAUAAGUUGGCCAGACACAGAUUCAAAGCUAUCCAUGCGUGGAUUAAGCAUAUUAGCUCCCGUUUUACUUUGUCUCGCUGCUAUAUUUAUAUAUAUUACUAUAGGCGCCAUUGUACUUUAUAGGUUAGAUAAUAUGAGUAUUAUAGAUGGAUUUUAUUUUUGUUUUAUGGCAUUGAGUACUAUAGGAUUUGGAAAUAUAAUCCCUGGUAUGAGCUAUACAACUAUAAGUGGUGUUAGGUAUUAUACAAUAAAUUCAACAACUUUAUGGUUUUGUUCGGUAUACACAUUAACAGGUUUAGCAUUAACUGCUAUGUGUUUCGGUGUUAUUCAUGAUGAAAUUAUUUAUAGAAUAAAACAUCAACAAAAAGAGUGGUCUCAAAAAAGUAACACCGUCAAUGAUGAGGUCAAUAUAAAUGAUCCAUUUUAUAUGAAUUCUUGACAAAUGUAUAAUAAAGGUAAAUCAGAAAAUUUGUACAGCAUUAUGGAGGAUAAUUCUGUGGUAGAACGUAAUAGGAUAGAAAUUGACAAUAGAGAAGUAGUUCUUAGUGUAGAUGAUAUGUCAACAGCGUUGGAUUCUAAUGCAGAGUUCCCUCCACCUCCACCUGAGGAGGAAAUAGUUGCGAUUGUAACUAAAAAAGAGCCAAAAGGCUUUGGUAAUAUGGUAGCAUACAAUGCACUACCAGAAAUGCUUGAACACGUCAAUACGUAAUCCUGAAGGCUCUUCUUGAAGUUGUCGGAUAUUUCUAUCGGUUAAAAAAAAUAUUGAUUUUAUUGGCUGUGAAUGAUUCAUUAAUUUUGUAUGUAUAGAAGGAUUUUAAGAAAAUUAUAUCAUUGAAUUUUCGAAUUUAA